AUGACUAGGAGGUCCAACAAGGACAACCUAGUUGAACAUCCAGAGAUAGACAAGCUUGAGAAGCAACUUAGGAAGCAGAAAGCCCAAGAGAUGGCCGACGAAGCAGCUCGCGCUCACGCCGCUGAAGUGGCGCGCGCUCAAGAAGAAGGAAGAGAUCCACCUCCUCCUCCUCCUAAUCCACAAGACCCUGCUGGAGAUGUGAAUGCACAACCCAAGCUGGAGCACCUACAAUCGGAGACUAUGACUCUGCCGAUGCUUUCUUCAUGGAUAGAAACCCUAUCCAUCCACCACUUCCUGCAAGGAAUGACUAUGAGAUCAAGCCUCAGAUCAUAG